GUCAUAAUGAAAAUCUUUCAGAUUUUAUAUGAUAAGAGAGAGAGAAAAUUUUGAUGCAUACCUUUAUUUUUCUAGAAAGGAUUAUAAUUUUAUUUACCCGAUUGAAAACAAUUAAUAAGCUUCUCUAUGAGACUUUUCUGGUGCCCAAAUGUUUUGUUGCUGUUUUGUAUGUUAUUUGGUGUCCAUGGACAAAAAUGUGGUCGUUAUUAUCAAAAUGGUGGAAUUUGUGUUAAUUACAAAUCAAAUGAAGAUUAUGUAUUUUAUGCUAAAGGACAGAAUAUUUUAAGUGUAGAAAGUUCCUUUGGAUCCCUUGCUAUAGCUCAAGGUUUAUCAACACUCAAAGAUGACGAUUUAAUUCUUAAUAAUUGCGUACAAGCUUUCUCAAGUUUUGUAUGUGCUACUGCAUUUCCAAGUUGUAAACGGAUGGAAGAACUUUCUGCCCCCAAUUUAGAAGUCGAAAUAAUACCUCCUUGUAAAUCUACUUGUACGAAUGUUAUAGAAUCCUGCGUGACUAAUUCUAAAAACGCGUCAGCCGAAACUCAAGAGAUCAUCAAAGAAUACAUUCUAUCACAUAUAUUCUUCCCUCGUGAUUGUAACGGCAAUAUUACUACGUCACCACCAUUAAAUUAUGAAUAUCCGACAGAAGGGUGUAAUAGCUCUUCACAACUUUCUAAUCGGCCCAAAUGUUUCAAACCUCUUAUCGAGGAUCAUAAAUGGGUUGAAACUAAUAAAAGUGAAAUUACUAGUAAAGAAUUCUGUCGAAAUGGUUGUUGUGUUCCUUGUCCUCAACCCUAUGCUUUAUAUCCACCCAAUCAAAUGAAAAAAGGUUUCAUAGCAACUCAAAUAUUAAGAAUUCUUUCAGUCAUUGGUUCAGGAAUUAUAUUAUUUUCAUAUGUAGUACUACCAGGAUACCGAACUCACCCUAAUAUAUUAAUUCUUUUUGCUUCAUUGUCGAUUUUCCUAUAUUCUUCCAAUGUUUUUUUCUCUAUUAUGGAUCCAGAAAGAGUUCAAUGUGCAACUGAAAUAAUUCCUAGCACCCAAGCAAAUAAUCCUUUUUUCUGUGGUCUUCAAGGAGCUUUACUUAUUUUUUCUUCACUUGCUACAGCAAUUUGGGUUGGGUUUAUAAUUCUUAAUCUUCACGUCCAAACCGUGUGGAAUUCCAAUAUAAUGGACGAUAAACGUGUAUAUCUUCAUAUUAUAGGUUGGGGAAUUCCAGCUAUCUUAACUAUAAUAGCAUUGAAAACUAAUUCAAUCAAUUAUCAAUUUGCUACACUUUGUUUUGUCAAAGUAGAAGCUUCUAAUGCAAUGUUCUUCUAUCCUUUGGUUGUUAUUGUUGUGGCAAUCUUCUUUAUACAUAUGAUUACAUUUUGUUAUAUAUAUUGGAUCUCGCGCAAAGAAGGAAAAAAAUCAAAUACAAGUUUCUCAGGGUCUAUUAUUCGUAUUUUACAACCUAUCAAAAUUCAAUGGAGAGAACUUUUAUUAUCCGUUUUAUUAUUUGUUACAGUAAUAAUUUAUUGGUUAUUUUAUCACAUCGAAUUAAAUUCGGUUGUUAAAGUUAUUAGAAAUAUUCAUGAUGGAGAUUGGAUAACUUGUAUUCAAUCAGGAAAGGGACAAAGUUUUUGCGCGAAUAUUGUUGCAAGUAAAUUUAUGCCUUAUUAUACUUUAUUAUUAGUAGCUGAAAUUUUUGUGAGCUUAACUGGUGUUAAUUUAUUUCUUACGCUUUUCAAUGAAAUUUUAUGGUUAGAAUUGAAUAAUUGGAUAACGUAAUGAUGACAAAUCUUUCAAUGGCGUUUAUGGCGUAUAUUAAAAAGAAAUCCGCGUUCAUGUGUAAUUUUUGUAUAUGUAAUGCUUUUUUUCGUAAAGUAGUGUUUAUAUAUCAUUAAAAAGAGUUUUUAGAUAACAAAUCUUUCGAUGGCGUUUAUGGCGUUCAAUGAAAAGAAAUCCGCGUUCAUGUGCAAUUUUUGUAUAAUGUAAUACUUUUUUUUCUCAAGUUUUUCGUAAAGUGGUGUGAUUUGUUGAUUUUAUAUCAUUAAAAAAAAGUUUUUAGAUGAUAAAUAUUUCAAUGGCGUUUAUGACGUUUAAUGAAAAGAAAUUCGCGUUCACAUGUAAUUUUGAAUAAAAUAUUCGAAUGAUUUUUUUUUUACUAGU